CGAACCAGACAGCUGGCGAUGAUAUCCCACCCUGUUAUUUGGGCUUUUCGCAGCAGUGUGAGGUGCUUGCGACACCGGACUCUCCUUAAAGCUACUCAGCGGGCUUUGGACGUCAGCGGUCUGCGCUGGUACUCGACCCCAAUUCGUGUCGGAGUCACGGGCAUGGAGGAGAUCCUAGCGAGGGUCGUUGCACCUUUACCCACAUACGAGACGAGAGACAAGUGCCCCCCUUCCCCUGAAUCAAACAGUUUGGAGUUCAUGCACUUCUACAGCAGCCUCGUCAAAGAAGACAAACUCAGUGUCCUGACGAAGCUUUCACAGGACUUUGGAGUAGACCAUAAGAGCGUCUCCGAGCUCGCUUUGAAGCUCCUGGACACCCAGCUGCGAGACUUGGCGACCAUUUUACAAGUUGAAGACAGGCUCCGCUACAGUUUGACUCCCCGCUAUAAACAACUGCUUAAUCAUAUAAGCAGGGUCGAGGGGGGAGUGAAGUUUCUGGUGGACCUCAGAGCCGAUAUACUCGAAAUAAUCGCCUCCAAAGCUAGCGAGAGCGCGCACAUCAGGGACCUGAAUGGCACGCUGAAGAGUUUGCUGUCUGAGUGGUUUUCUGUGGGUCUGCUCCGCCUGGAGAGAAUCACCUGGCAGUCCCCCUGUGAGAUCCUGCAGAAGAUCAGCCACUAUGAGGCCGUGCACCCUGUAAGGAACUGGACUGACCUGAAGCGCAGAGUGGGGCCGUACCGCCGCUGUUAUGCCUUCACCCAUGCGGCCAUGCCAGGGGAGCCGCUGGUUGUUCUACACGUGGCGCUCACCGAAGACAUAUCUGAUAACAUUCAGAGUAUCGUCCGUGAGUUUGCCACUCUCGACUCCGAGGAGGAUGUGAACAAGAUAAACGCAGCAAUCUUCUACUCCAUCUCCUCCACGCAGGCGGGCCUACAAGGGGUGGAGCUGGGAAACUACCUCAUCAAGAGGGUGGUGCGGGAACUACAGAGUGAGUUCCCCCAAAUGGGCCAGUUCUCCAGCCUGUCUCCGAUCCCGGGCUUCUCCUCGUGGCUCCAGGGUCUGCUGAGCCAGUACAAGAAGGAGAGCCGGGGCUCCGACCUCCUCUCUGAGCACGAGUGGAAGGAGGUGGAGCAGGCCACCGAUUCGGCGCCGGGAACUCCGGCCAUCGAGGCCCUCCGCAAGCUGAUCGGCACCAGUGAGUGGAUGCACUCUGAGCGGCUAUCGCGCAUCCUGGAGCCCGCCCUGAUGCGUCUCUGCGCCUGGUACCUGUACGGGGAGAAGAGGCGGGGUUACGCUCUCAACCCGGUCGCCAACUUUCACCUGCAAAACGGCGCCACUAUGUGGAGACUCAAUUGGCGCGCCGAUACGAGCCCCAGGGGGGUGGCGAACUCCUGCGGCAUCAUGGUUAAUUAUCGUUACUUCCUGAACGAGACCUCUAAAAACAGCGCCCUCUACCUGCACAACAAAGUCAUCACAACUUCAGAGCAGGUGCUGGGACUGGUGAGCCAGUUUCAGAAGAACAGCAAACUGUGAGACAAGGAUCCGCCCCUCAACACCACCUCUGGUUCUGUUCGACUGCACUUUGAUUCAAACAUUUAGAAACGUAAUAUGUGUAAUUUAUUUUGAGUGUACAUGUUUGGUUAAGUAGGCAGAACAGCUUGGGGAGCUGAAGGACGUCAGAUGAUAAUAUUUUUUUAAUUGAAAUGAGAGCAUUUAUCACGCAGCAUGUCUCCUCCCUCUUCCUGUAUUGCCGUGCAGUGGUUAGACUCUCUGCAUCAUUAGGCCUCUGGUUGAAGCAGGUUGAUAAUGUGUUAGUGCUCUGCAGGCUGAGAGACUGUGGCUAAUGAAGCGCGAGGCAUCUAUCAAUGCUGUGCCAUGUUCCUGGAUAACAGUGUGUGUAAUGGUGGAGCAGGAGCGAUGAGAAUAAAGGAUGCUGAGAUUCUUUCAUUAGGAUGAACAGACUCACUUGCAAACAUGUCGGACAGUAGGAGAGGAUUGUUUUUUAUCUUGUUGGGUUUAUAAACACCUGCUGUUAAAUUGUUAACUCCCUCUACAGCUCAAAUACACAAAGGCAUGAAAUCA